AUGAAAGAUAGUGACCGGGUGAAAUCAAUUUACAAAAAACGUGAUAAAUGGGUUGUGUCAUAUCUCCGAGAUUAUUUCUUUGCAGAGAUGAAAAGUACCCAAAGAUGUGAGAAGAUGAAUGACGUUCUGAAGAUUCAUUUGACAGCGAAGCUGAAAUUAUUUGAGUUCAUGCAGGUAUUCGAUUUGGGAGUUGUCGCUAUACGACAUGAGAAAAAUAGGCUAAUUGCCGAGACUGAACAAACAAGCCUCCUUCCGACCACUGAUAUGCCUUGGAUAGAAGAGCAUGCAACAAAAAUAUACACUAGAAGUAUAUUUUUGAUGGUCCAGAAUACUAUUAAAAGUCAAGGCAUGUAUAAUAGAUUUGACUUCAUUGAUGAUCGGUACACAAAAAUACAUUUUGUUGAACACUCACGGGAGAACGGCAGGUUCAGGGUCCAGCAAACCUUCCUAAAUGGGAUGCUUGUAUGCUCCUGUAUGAUGUUUGAAACCCUUGGCCUUCCAUGCACACAUAUGUUUAGAAUUAUGCUACUUGAACGGAUAGAAAGAAUCCCAGAUUGCCUUAUAAUGAAGAGGUGGACACGAAAGGCAAGGGAAAAAUUUCAGCGAGGGGCUACAGUAGUGCAAAAUAUAGUAGAUAAUGUGACUGAGCUUGCUAGGUAUGGGAGAUUGAUGGCUGGUUGCAAGCCAAUGUGUUUCUAUGCCUCCAAGACGUAUGUUGGAUACGAGCGCAUAUUGAGCUUUAUUGAAAGAGAAACACCUGAAGUGAGUCAAUUGAGCGAAAAUAGAAGGCUUGCUGAACCUACAUCAGGUCAAUCCCAACAUAACUAUGGAGUUAAAGACCCAGAACGAGCAAGAUCAAAAGGCAGCCGAAGACAAGAACCUAGGAGAAGGAAACAUGAUGGCCAUAACAAAAGGAAGUGUCCUUUGAACACCAACAAUUUAGAUGAUAACUGCUCUUAUGAGGAAGCAGAUGAACCUGGUAAUAAUGAAGAAUUUGAUGAACUGUCCACUCAUCUGUCUACUUCUACAGAUGGUGGCAGGAUGAAUGUGGAAAUGCAGCCAAUGACUGGUGAUUCUAGCUCAGAAAUACCAACUUUCUAUGAUGCUGGUGCUCAUUCCCUUACUCCACGGUUUUCAUCUAAGGUGGGUAGCAGCACUGCAAUUCCUUAUGCAUGGAGCUUUGGCAGUGAUUAUGGCAACUACGACUGGAGUAGAUAA